AUGAAUCUAACCGACCUCCCUCGUGAGGUUCUCGCAGAGAUUUUCUCUGUUGAACUUUCCAUACUUCCAAGAAAGGACAUCUUGUCUGCGAGGCUCACUUGCCGCGAGUUGGCCCAAGUCCUCACACCGGUCCUCUUCCACACCGUCAGGAUCUCCCCACUGAUUCAAGACCGCGAUGACUUUUUCAAUAUUGCAAAUCGACCGCAUCUUGCCUGUCUCGUUCGGUGCCUUGUUUGGGAAGAAUUAAAUGGAGACUUGGAUGCGUUGAAUCAAACAUCUUGGUAUAAUACAGUACCAGUUUCCGAACACCCUUUCUUUGAAGAUCUUACCACCAACGCAAAAAGCCUUUUUUGGUUAGAUCUACUUGGUAGUACAUACGAGGACGAAGAUCCAACCAUUCAUAUUUCACAGUACCUCCAAGAUACAAGGCUGGCAUUCCAAAACGCGGUUCUUACCAAUAUGCCCAACUUGUCUACUUUCGUCUCCAGGCCUAUGAACCCCAGGCGCCAACUCAAAAUGCCUUCUAUGGAUUAUGAGGUUAGAGUUGGAACCAUCAUUAGGGUUAUACACAACCACAAUGCCAAAGAGUGUUGGAACUUUGGCUUCCGUUUCUUCCUAAUCCCUACUCUGAAACUUCUGGCUCAAGGACCUCUAUUCGGAUCUUCAACACCAAGGAUCACCCGGCUUCUAUAUGCUGACGAGGGUAUUAAUGAUACUACGGCGCUUACGCACCUGACAGACGCAGACGCAGUCGCUUUCUCAACGCUUCAGACUGUGGAUCUCUGCAUUGCCAGUGGAAGAUCCGAUACCGCUGCUGUACUGUUGGACGGUUUUCUUACUUGCUUAGAGAAAGCCGAAAGCUUAACUACUCUAAAGAUCUGCCAGGAGACGGGAGGUACCGCGGGCUAUAGAACGCCUGCUUUCUAUCUUGUGGCAAUACUGCCCACACUCUCAGCACUCACCGAAUUACACUUCACUGACAUUAACGUGGAAGAAGAUGAGUCGCGCCCUGCGUCCAUGGAAUCCGAGUUCCGAGAAGUACGCAUGGAAGAUAUUAUCCUUGCUCGUCUCCGGCAUGACUCCGUCCCAGAAGUGAGUGACAUAUUAGCCGGCGUAGAGCUUGAUGAAGCACCGGAACUUCCUGCACAUAUAGAGUUUAUUGGCCAUCAUUCCAAGACUCUGAAAAGAAUUUACAUUACCUGCUCAGGAAUACGCAAACAAGACAUCAAGAAACUUGCAUCGCUCAACUCGCUACAGCUAGAGCGACUUGUUAUCAUUUCAGGCGACGACAUUGAAGAAUUUGACGAGUACGAAAUGCAGAGACAAAGGCAUGUCAGCGAAAGGGCACUUCUCGACUAUGUUAAUAGAGUGGACGCAUCUGGAAAACGACCACCUUUGCCAUAUGGAAAAGAGCAGCGUGAUACUGAGCUACACACGCACGAUGCAAUCUUUGAUAACGAUGCAUCUAUUGCUGCAGCUGUGUUUGAUACUCGCGGGCACGGAUGGGAGCAAAGAGGAUACACAGCAUCAGAUGUUCGUAUCCUCGACGCUAUGGCCUUGGAGCGAAGGGAUGAACAUGGUAUUGCUCACAUCGGGGCGAGACGAACCUACGAUGCCGAUACAGGGCUUUGGGUUGAUGUCAAUGGAGUUUUCUACGACCCAAGCACGGAUCAAGAGAUCGACAGUCCGGUUGGAUUUUAUCAGUCUAAAGAUACUACAUGGGCUAUUCAAGAUCAACGGUUAUGGGAUAAAGAACUAGGUCUGUGGAGGAACACGGAAACUGGCAAGCUAUCCAGAUUUGCUGUCGACAGAGAAUCAUGGCGGGAGCGAAUCAAGUACGAUAAUGAUUUCAACACCAUUGGCUUGGAUAUGCGUCCCUUCUACGACGAGGAAGACGAAUGCCACUGGCUCAGAGUCGAAGAAGCUCCACAUUGGGACUGGGGACGGGACCAAGACAACCGUGUCUGGUACUGGCAAACAACUUUUGCCGCAUCCGGUCACGCAACUGAGAUGUGGUAUUUCAGGCAUAAAGAUGAGCAUGCAUACGGUCACGACCCGUUGGAAUUCUGGGAGGAUUGGUACAGCAAUCCUAAAGAUAAAGCCGAGGCCACUCCUUUUGGUUGGGGUCUGGCUUGCUUCACCUUGAGACCGGACGAGAGCGGGAGUGAGAUUCCUCAGCAAGACGCAUGUAAGGAGCUGACUAUGUAUGAGAGAUCUAAUGACCCUAUGUUUUUUGAAGGAAACUGGUGGAAGCAUAUCCCAGCCACUCCGGAUCUUGACAUCCACUCUAAGCAAGAUUGGUAUGAUGUCUUUGAGAGCGCGGUAGAGACAGUUAGAGCAUCAUUCCCAGAUGCACUAUACUAUCAAUUCUAG